AUGUACCACCACCUCUCCCAGCUUUCCUACCAACGCGGUCUAGAUGGCUACUUCCCCUGCUACACAACCCUCGACCACCUUCCCCACCAAGCCAACGCCCUUUACUUGCUCCGCCGCUGCGCCUACAUCAUCGCGCCCAUCAUGCGCCGACAUAGUUGGUCCGUCCCCAUGCUGCAUGAGCUCUCUCCUUACUCCUCCUGCCACGGCAAAUGUCAGACCGUAGAACGAACUACUAGGCACGGAUCCAGAAAAACCACUCAGACUAUACCCUUGAAUGUAGAAUUGCGGCUACGUGAAGAUGACGAUUCCAGUUGUUUCAUUGCUAUCCAUCAUCUAACGAGGACGAUGUUGCACGAGCUAUCGCAUUUGGUGUAUAGACGCCAUUUUUUGGGUUUUUACAAGUUCAAUGCGCAGUUGCUGAGCGAACUUGUUAGGGACGUCGAGAAGGGCGAGUUAAGGAAGCGUGUAAGCUGGAAGAGUGUUCCUGACAGAAUUGCGGGAGCAGAGGAGAUUGUUUGCACAAUGACAGGAGAUCUGAAGAAGAGUCUUGUGAGCAUGAUUGCUGGUGGGAGGAAAGACCGACGCAGGUACUUAGAGUAA